AUGGCCGACGAGCAGAAGGUUACCCCUGCGGCCACCAACGCCAAUGCUGAGGCCGAGAAGGAUGUUCAGAACGUUUUGGCGGAGCUAAAGGGCGAAGCCGGGGAAGCUCCCAAGCCUUCCGAGCAGCCCACUGAAGACAAGAAGGGGGAAGCUCCGACCGAAGAUGCAGAGGAGGCUCGCAUUGUAGCCGCCGCUGCGAAGCUCGGCGAACAGUCGGCGAAAGCUGAGGAGCAGAAGGAGGGCAAGGCCGAGGAGCGCGAUACACGAGGCCGUGGAAACCGUCGCAACAACGUCAAGUUUGAUCCCUCCACGCUGGAGGUCACAGACAACCACGAUGAGAUCCGCAAGCAGGUUGAAUUCUACUUCUCCGAUUCGAACCUUCCCAUGGACAAGUUCCUUCUUUCCAAGGUGGGCGGAAGCAGCAAUCGCCCCGUCCCCCUCGAACUCCUUCACUCCUUCAAGCGCAUGCGUCGCUUCCAGCCCUUCAGCGCCAUUGUCGAGGCUCUGAAGUCCUCCAAAACUCUCGAACUGACCGAUAACGACACUUGCGUGCGCCGCAAGGUGCCUCUUCCUGAAUCGGUGACCGAGAAACCCGACCCCAGCGUGACCAAGGUUUUCGAAGACCAGGCCAUGAGCCGUAGCAUCUACGCCAAGGGCUUCGGAGAGGAAACUCCUACUACCCAGAUUGACAUCGAGGCCUUCUUCGCCCCUUACGGACCCGUCAACGCAAUUCGUCUCCGCCGCACACACGAUCGAAUCUUCAAGGGCAGCGUUUUCGUUGAGUUCGCGACUGAGGAGAAGCAGAAAGAAUUCCUUGCGCUGGAUCCUAAACCCCAGUGGAAGGGACAAGAUUUGCUCAUCAAGAGCAAGAAAGAUUACUGUGAAGAGAAGGUUCGGGACAUCGAAGCUGGCCGCAUCAAGCCCAGUCGUGGCCGUGGUGGUUUCCGUGGACGUGGCCGUGGCGGCCCCCGCGGUGGUGACAAGCGUGACUGGCGUGAGCGCCGGGCAGAAGAUCAGAAGAACGGCUUUGGCAAGCCUCAGGGCGAGCAGCGUCGUGAGGUUCAGAAGGACGCUCGUGGUGUUCCCGUCGUGCAGAGCACCGCCGACGAUGCUACAGCUGGCCAGAAGCGGACCCGUGAGGACGAGGCCACUACCAACGGCGAGCACCCUGCCAAGAAGGUCGAUACCAAGGAGUAG